AGAGUUGCAGACCCGGGUCUGUGCUAUGUAAACCGGCCUCAGCUGAAGUGGAUGUAGGAUUGCUGCAAUAUUCCCAGCUCUCCCGCAUUAGGCAGAGGGGGAGGAAUACUAAAGAAAAAAGAAAUUAUCAACCGGGAUUCCUGGUCCCGAUUGACAUAAAGGCUGGAUCAGUUUUCCCGAUGAAGCCCCACACAGUUGAACAUGCCAACUUACAUAUGAAUCUUUGAUCACUUGAGUGAGGCAUUGGAAUAUUCCUCAGCUAUUCAACGCAGAAUAUUGAUCGUGAAGGAUGUGGGCAUGGUGUCUACUCCCCAUCUUGCUGGCAGUCACUGCUGCAGGAGGCUGUUGGGCUGUGUUUGGAAUAGCGAUGGUAAAUGGCUCUGUGAACAUCACAGUGCAAUUCCCCUACAUCAGUGUCUGUGGGGCUGAACCUCCCCAGAGCUGCAUUUUUGGCCAAAUCAUGAACAUCGGGGCUUUUCUGGUCACUUGGGUUUGUGUCAUCCGGUACCAGCAGGUGGUAGACUACGGAUACCAGUCCUCCCUGAACAUUGUCAGUCUGGUGGCCGGGUGCCUGUGCGCUUUUGGAGGCUCUUUGGUGGGGAAUUUUCAGACCAUCAACCAGAUUCACGUGCACCUAAUUGGGGCUUUUCUCACGUUCUUUAUUGGGAAUCUCUACUUCUGGCUCCAGGUGGCACUCACCUACAAGAUACAACCAAGGCAUGGAGGGAAGUGGAUUGGCCCCGUUCGGAUAAUCUGCUGCCUUGUCUGCACAGUCUGUCUCAUCCUGUUGGUGUUGCUGCACAAUUGGAAGAGGAGAACGGCAGCGGCGAUAUGUGAAUGGAUUGCUGGAAUGGUUCUCCUCCUCCUCUUUGGACUCUUUGCCGUGGAUUUUCGGCACAUUAACGGUCAAUACUUCCACGUCAUGCUGGAAAAGACCAGGAUCCAAAACUCAACCACCACAUUGGAGUUAUAG